GUCCCCCACCCCCCUCUUUUGUUUUAUUGUAUGGAAAGAGCGUGAAAAGUUAGAUGAUUUGAGCCAGCUUUGCUGAGACGCCGAUCCGGUUUCUCUUUUCUAUUGAUAACGUGGCGACGAAUGAGAUUUUCCAAGGGUUAAUAUGAUAGAGCAGGGGAGCGCGAGAGGGGCUUCGGAGAGGAACCUUCCUGCUCCGCCUCUCUGGAGAUGGAGGUGGGAGGGGGGCAGUGUUUCAGCAGGAGAAUCAGGAGCUUGUGGUGGAGGCGAGGCAGUCCUGGGGGUGAGUUAAAAAGAGGUCCCGGGAAGAUGGAGAACGCAGCACCCAUAGGGUGCUUUAGCUAGAGAGAGAAAAGGGAAAUAGAUGUAAAUGCAUAAAUAUCAAGGGGUGCUUAGCAGCUACCCCUGCGAUUAUUAAUUUCCCAACCAUACAUGCUUUCUAAUCAAGAUUGUUACCCUCCACCAUCCCACCCGCCCACCCCCGCAGACCAAAAUCUCCUUUAGCUGCUUGAGUUUCCAACCUGUGCAGCUGAGAGGAAUGUGCUUUGCAUACAAAUUGGGCAGGAGAACAGACCUUUUAUCAGCUAGAUAAUAAACAGACACCCCUUGGAUAUCUCUACCAUGGACAGAACUGAGUGCAAUCCUGAGUCAAUUCUGGACUCAUAAAUACCCCAUCCCUUGCCUGAGCCAUUUUUGGAAACAGUUUGAAGCCAGGUUAAAUGCCCUGGAUUCCCCCAAACAACUCUGAAAAGUACUGGUUAUGCAAAGAGUGAUGAGGACAUUAUUAGAAGCCUCUGAUUCCUUCCAAGAACUACAAUACCAAAAGAUCCUUGGGCGGGAACCCUGAGAUUAAACAGGUUUCAUUUAAUAGCAUAGUUUGAGAAUGUUGAGAGAGGGCCAACCCUGGUUCACUAGCCUCUCCCUGAUCUACACCAAUAUUUCUUUUUUUAACCAUAUCUCAUCAUUUCAGGCACAGUUGGUUCUCAUCGCUCAGAGAUGUCACAUUACUCUACAGAUCAUCAUAUCCUAAUUAGGGCACUCACUUGAUUCAAGAAACGCUAGUUGAUCCAUUGUAGCUGUUUUAAUUGAUCAAAUCUGCACCUUCAUCAAACAACAGCCCUGGAGGAAAAAACUAUUUUGCUCUUCAUUUUUCAGUAAUGCAUCCACACAGGCGCUUUCUUAAAGAGACGUACCCUGCUACGUAAGAUAGAAAAGGAAAACGUCUUUCCUGAGAUGGUUGCCUGCCAGCACACAUGCUGUUUGUAAGUCCUUGCCUUAAAAAAUGAUUUUUUUAAAGGAAAAAGAAGCUGCUGCCUGAUUCGUUCACACUUGUUAUCGUACAAAAUAAUUUGUAAUUGGCUGAUCUGAUGUCUAUUUAAACGGUGUUGCUGUUACGAUUCUUCCACGGCUGCCUCAAAUCGCCUCAUGUAGUCACUGAUGGAUGUGAGAGAGGGAGUUUCGGGGAGCAAGAAUGCAGGUUUGAAGAGAGUGUGAAGGUGGUACCAUGAGAGAGAAGAUGGCCACAGAGGAGGGGGCCGAGGCAGACCUGGGGGCUGUGACCCAAGCGCCACUGAGCCUGCAAGGCAUUAAAAUGGAAGAGCAAGCACCAGCAGCCCUCAGAAUGGGACAAGCCCUAGAAAAAGCAGGACAGGCUUCUUGUGUCCUUCGUGCCAGGAAGCUCUUGCAAUGGAAGGUGUCUCCACUGGUCAAGGAGGAGCCAGAUGCAGGAAGGAUCCAGCGCUGGGAGGUCCAAGGCCCAGAGACAGAACAUCCCCUUUCUUUUGGAUGGGGGAGAACAAGGCCCACUGAGGCUGAACCUUGGGAUGACAUCCUGGCACUUUUUGCUUCCUUUGAGCACGUGGCCUAUGCCUGCCGGUGGCCGAGGGAAGAGUUGGUGGCCCGGCUUUUGCCAGCCCUGGGCGGGGAGGCCCAAGAGGCUUACCUCAGUUUGGACACUAGUGACAGAAGGGACUAUGGGAAAGUGAAGGCAGCCAUCUUGAAGAGGGAACCCGUGGCGUCGGAGAAGCGGAGGAGGCACUUCCGGCAGUUCCAGUACCAGGAGUCAAGGGGGCCGAGGGAUGCUUGCCGGCGGCUCUGGGAGCUGUGCCGUCGUUGGCUGAGGCCGGAGAGCCGAAGCAAAGAGCAGAUCCUGGAGCUGCUGAUCCUGGAGCAAUUCCUGACCAUCUUGCCAGAGGAGGUCCAGAGCCAAGUUUGGGAGCAAGUCCCAGAAACCUGUGCCCAGGCGGUGAACCUGGCUGAGAAUUUUUUGGCAAGGCAGCAGGAGGCUGAGAGGCAGGUACUCCAGGUGAGAGGAUCCUGCAGUUCCUUCUUGAUCCCUGGGGUCCCAAAUUGGUCUAACCAUGCGGGAAGUUUUCCUUAGGCGCUUAUGCGAGGGGAGACAAAGCACCUCUCUCCUCCUGAUCACCAUCUAAUAAAAUCCUUCUCAUAUAAAAUGUCUUCAUAAAGGCAAAGAUGGCCAAAGCUGCUUUAUGAGCUGUGAAAAUCUGGUGCACGAAGGUUUGGAAUAAUAUAUUUAAUUUGUAUAGACUUUAGCUGUAUGGAGAACGAUGUAAGUGCUUUGCCCAAAGUUAGAAGCAAAGAAUGUCCAUGUCCAAAGACAUAAAAUCUAAACAGACAGGACACAAAAGGCAGGGAAGAGAAUUAGGAGAUCAGGAGUGGGGAACCUGCUGCCUGCCAGGGUUUAGUGAGCUGGGAGAAUCUGUGGCAGAGAGAAGUCUAGAAGCAGGAGAGGAGGGAGGCAGAUAAAGAAGUCAGGGGGUCUCCCCUCCUACUGUGACCAGCUCCCUUCCCUCUGGUAUCCCAGGACCAGAAGGGGUUAUGAAGAGGGAGGAGCAGAGACGGGCUUGCCAGCGGAGUCUCAGGUUGCUUGGGAAGGACCCAGAGAGAAGGAGAUUUUGGCAUCUUCUGAGUAGGAGCAAAACCUACUCAGAAGAGUUGUUGUGCUCAUUAGGACUGGCUUCCCUGAGUUUAUAAUUUGUAUGAUUUAUUGCUGGCUGGCUUCCUGACAUUCUGACAUCAAAUCAUGCUGACUCGUGAGAGUCUCCAGUUCUGUCUCAAACCCAGUGAAGUCCUUUGCUCCCCCAAGCUGUUCCAGGGAGUUUGUGCCAGGAUGUCGAAUGCUCAUUCCUACCAGCCCUGUUCCUGCAUUGAGCGGGACCUUCCCUGCAAUUUCAGGUGUCAGGGCCGUUCGAGGACACCCUCGUGAGUUCCCCAAGGGCAGAGCUGGCUCCGUCAGACACCAGGCAGAGCCUCUUCUGCAGGAAGGCCAAGCAGACAGGUGGUGGAGGAGAUGCCAGCUCUCUGGGUGAGUAGUUGCUGCAUUUUUGAAAUUCAAGUUUACAUAGGCAUUGCCAUCUUCACAAGCGCAUAGCUUGUACUGUUGUUUUAACUGUUGAGUGUUGCGUUUAACUUAGAGUGUUGUUCUAAGUGUAAAGUGGCAUGUGAUUGGUGUGCCCCCCCCCACAAAACCCAGAACUGCAGGUGAUCCAACUGGGUCACCCUACCCCUACAUUUGCCUCCAGCUCUCCCCUUGAGCUCUCCCCAGUUCUGUAAAAUUAGUGUGCAGCAACCCUGUUCACAGAAUUUUUUAUGGGGCCAUCCAUACCAGCUGUUUCUGCCAUGUCUUGGAAACAGCAGUACUACGUUCCAGUUCAUGUGAUGUCCCUUAUUGGAGUUCCACUUCCUGGUUUUCAGGCCAGGGCUGAUAUCAUUCCUUGUUCUCUUCAGCCAGUUUUGGCCAAACCACACUAUGUUUCUUUUCUGAUGCUGGUUCUUCUGACACAGAGGCAACAUGGGACUCACUGGCCGACGAAGGGGGCCCUGGCGGAUGUGGGAAGCGAGACCCUUCUGCAGGGCCAGGUGGGCAGGGUACUAGACUGCUGUUAUAUACAGGAGACAUCCAAAUCCUUACAGGGGAGGCUAACGGCUUGAGAAUUAUGCAGCACAAAGUUUUACCUUUGUCAUGAACUUGCUAGGCAGUCUUAGGCAAAAGCCACUCUCCAUUUCAGCUCCUUUCCCCCAUGCUCAACACGGGCAAAAUAAUGUUGAGAUUCCUGCAUUGUAGCGGGGUGGGUGUGUAUGGACUAGAUGACCCUUGGAACCCUUUCCAAUUCUAUGAUUUUUAAAGAGUUGCUAUAAGAAAGCCAGCAUGGUUAGUGUUGCAUUAGGACCUGGGAGACCCAGGUGCAGAUCCAAAUGCAGCCAUAAAGCUUACAGGGUGACCUUGUGCCAGUCACACUCAUUCUCUCUCCUCUAUUCCCCUUUAUAAUAAUAAAUUUUAUUUAAACCCUGCCCUCCCCAGCCAAGACCAGGCUUAGGCUAACACCAGAUAUAAAAACAAUUGAUUAAAAUACAACUUAAAAACAAGAUUAAAAUACAACAUUAAGAUGCAGCCUCAUUUCAGUAGAAACUCAAAUCAAAAACCUUUUGGGGAUGAAAACAUCCCCAAGCUACAAUUAGAGAGCUACAAUUCCCUUCGAAGAGGGAUUGACUAUUAAACUACUCUGGGAAUUGAGAGCAUUGCGAAGGGAAUAGAAUGGUUUCCCAACAACUCUUUGCACCCUGAAUAAACUGCCCUUCCCAUAAUUAUUUAUGGAAAGGGAUGACCAUUUAAAAAGGAAUCACUGUGCUUGAGAUGUAGGGUGUGAAUGUGAGAAGAAAAAAAUGAGAAUUAAUUGACUUGGCCAGUCAUUGGUCAGACGCUACUUGCUAUUGGGCUCCCUACUUUCUGCUUUGCUGGUCCAAAUGGGCACCAGCUGUUCCUUACAUUAAACAUUUCUUUUCUUUUUAUUCAUUAGUGCAUUUACACCCCACUCAGGGUUGGCUGGCUGCAAAUACUCGGCUGUAUCGUUUAGAGCCUUCCUCCUGCCAGCUUCAGGCCUUCAGUCUUCUUUUCUCUCUGGCAGCUGGUAGCUGUGGAGCGGCGUCCGGAUUCUCUCCCCUCCCUGCACCAACCAGAAAUGAAGAGUAUGGAAAGAGGCUUGUGGGAGCUGAGGGGCUCCCAGCACACCUGGGCGCCGCCAGCAGGGACAGCGCGUACCUGUGUUCCCAGUGCGGGAAAGGGUUUCGUUGGCCGUCGGCGCUGGCUGUCCACCAGAGGACCCACACGGGGGAGAAGCGGCACCGCUGCGCCGAGUGCGGGAAGUGCUUUGGCCAGCGCGGCCAUUUGACGGUGCACCGGAGGAUCCACUCGGGAGAGAAGCCGUACGGGUGUCCUCAGUGCGGGAAGCAGUUUGUCGACUCCUCUCACCUCACCAAGCACCAGAGGACACACUUGGGGGACAGGCCCCACCACUGCGCUGAGUGCGGGCGAAGGUGUGCCAAUAAACGCUCGCUCGUGCAGCACCAGCGAAUUCACAGCAGGGAGAAGUCCUAGGCCUGGGGAUGAGCCUAGGCCCCUCUUGAGAUUCAGGGGCUGAGUUAUAUUGCUGUAAGGCGGAGAUUUGGCCCUUCAGGUAUCACUGGUCUGUAGCUGCCAUCAUCGCUGGCCAUGCUGGCUGUGACGGAGGACCAAAGGUUCAGUUCCUCAUUCCUGGUGUAACUGAAGAGAAAGGAGCCCCUGUUUCCACCCUUUGUCCCCCUGGGGGAAGAAACCAACAGAUGCUCAGGGGUCUCUGGGGGUUUUCCUGUUGUUAUUCUGUCUCUCACAGCUACAAUAAACCUACCAUUAAAAUUAUGGACUGGUCAUUUCUUCGUCAGAGGGCAAACGGGCAAAUUUAGCAGGGGAUCAAAUACUUUCCCCCCUCUCACUGUAUAUAGCAAUGAGGAAGCAUGCUUGGGUGAGCUGGUCCUGCAGGUCUGUAGUAGCAGCCAGCUGUGCCGAGUGCCCUGAAUAUCAAACAGAAUGCUUCCCAGCCCUUGGAGCCCUUUUGGAAUGUAAAAAAAAUACGUUUUCUUUUAAAAUUAAUGCAUUGACAAAUAAGUGGAUAAGAAGGCGUUCAUGUUUCAGGAGCCUACUUGAAAUAUACAGGGAAUGGCAGCUGAACCGGUGUUUGAUUUGGUGGUAUGUAUGUCAUUCAGUUCUGAAGGUGGGCUGAAGAAUUUGUUGUUAUAUCUGCCUUCACAACAUGAAAGCGUUUGUGACUGAAUUUUACCCCAGGUCAGAGAGGUGUCAUUGAGUAUAGGAGGUGUGAUCAGAAUCCAUAUUUGUUUCUCUUAAAAACAGGCAUGACCUCUAACAGAAGAGGUGAUUGUAAAUGAACUUAACGGAAGAUAGUCAGGCCUACCAGACCAAUGGGCCUGUACAUUUAUCUCUUCCCCCUCCCCAUUACACAUCUUUUAGAGUGGUCUAAAAUUUUGAGUUCUUCUCAGGGCCAACACUUGGGCAAAGUGACGUCUGGUGCCCCCAAUCGAUAAGUCCUGGUGGGCUAUCCUGACUAUGGCAAGGGCAAAAACAGCAGUGGCCUAGGCAGCUUGAGGCAGCCAUUUUACG